AUGACUCUACCUUUGCCAGCAACUAAAACAGAUGCUCCUGACAGUGAUGGUGGGACAUUCUGUGAGGCCUGGCAUUACAAUAGUGAAUGCCAGUGGUGGGAGGGGAAUCUGGUGCGCUUGGCAGAAGUGGAUGAUGUCAUAGCAUCUAUCUGGCAUAAGGUCAAUUCUCAAGGAUCCAAGCACACACACUCUGGUGCUGUGAAGAAGGAGUACCUGGACAUGAUCCUUGCCUGGUCCAAUUCUUGCUGUCCCCUCAACUCCCCAUUGCAGUACAUCCAUUCAGUGAUGACACACUCAGAACCCUCAGUGCCACUGUUAGUCAAGUGGGUGACAGAUGCAAAGACAAAACUAACCACCACACAGCACAUCAAACAGCUGGCCUGUGCUGCUGUCGCAUUCAUGCUGUGGACCAGGAACUAUGAACUGGUCAGGCUGAAGUGUGGGGACAUAAAACUUGACAGGACCACUGUAGAUAAUGUGUUCCUGAAGUACCUUCGAGGUGAGGAAGGAUCACUCACCAUCAAUGACCUUGGUAAUCACUACAAGGUUUAUCCACACCCAGAUAUGGGCAAAGCAUGUGAUGUCUUCAUCCAGGUGAACCGCUCUCCCAUGAUAUGGUUCAGAAGUGGAUUGAUGAGGGAGUGGCAAGUGCUGGGAUUCCUGGAACGUUCUCCACACAUUGCUACCAUUGGGGAGGAGCACAGCACAGGUUCAUGUAUGCCCCAGUGGGGCAGCAAUGGACCCUUUGAUGCCCUGGGCCUGAUCUUGUGGGAAGCUGAGGACUCACUUGCUGGUGAAGCUGCACUCAUCUGGCCAGCAUCUACAGAAGCACUCCACAUGGCCCAUGCAGCACUAACAGCAGACAUCACAGCACUGCACUCAACAGUGAAAAAAAUGUCUCAUUCACAAGCAGCAAUGUCAGCAGAUGUAAGGGAGAUUUGCCAAAAACUGGGUGACAUGAGCAAUGUAGUCACAGCACUGGCCUUAACAUCCACUGCUUCUGGUGCAUACUCAUAUUCUGCACCAAUGGUGCCAUGUCAGGGCACUGGCGAUGCUGUGACAGAUGCCCACCAAUGUCAACACCAUCAACACUCAUCCAUGCAGUAUCAGAGCACUGUCUUGCCACCUCCAAUGGUUCAGUCCAUUCCAGCCACCCAGCCACAUGAUUCACAACCAUUGCUGCUCAGAUUGCCACACCUCAUCCAACUACCCCUGGAUGUCUCUGCCAUGAUGCAGUCCCUCACUUCACACAUCAGACCUGAGAGGACCAACAGCCACUCAAGUUCCUCUGCUGCUUCCCUGGGACUGCUUAUCCCAGAUGUUCCCAUCUUAUGGGCAGACAGGACAUGCACUCCAAGGUCAGACUCCUGGAAGGACAUCAUGUGCCACUGGACAAAGGGUGAGCUGCAGCUCAACCUGCACACUCCACUCAAGGACUGGCCCCAUCACUACUACAAUGGACAUACAAGGCUCCUCAAUGCCAUCAUAGCUGCUCACAAACAGCAUCAUGGGGAUGGGGAGCACUGCUGCCAGGCAGAGCAGCAAUGA